AAAAAUUACAACAUACAAAAAAAAAAAUAAUAAAAAAAUGACAAAAUCAAGUGAAAUUAUUCUAAUUGUUAGUGUAGUUUGUUUGUUUUCCCUGUUUGGGGUAAUUCAUGCUGAGUCUGAAGCUUCAAGUGAUCAUAGUCAAACUCAUUUCAAGGUAGAUGGAAAAGUAUAUUGUGACGUUUGUCGCACUCAAUUCGAAAAUCGACUUAGCAAGCCAUUAUCAGGCGCGGAGGUACAACUACAAUGCAAGAACCAAACAACUGAUGCUAUCACUGCAACAGUGGAUGGUAAAACUGAUGAGCAUGGUUUCUAUGAACUCCUCGUGGAACGCGACCACGAGGACGAUAUAUGUGAGAUGAUGCUCAAGAAGAGCCCCAUGGAUGAUUGUACUGAGAUACCACAUGAAAGUAAUGCACAAGAAUCAGCAAGAAUCACCAUUACAAACAACAAUGGCAUAGCUGAUUCUACUCGCCACGCGAACCCUCUAUUCUUCUUGAAGAAAGAAGCUUCACCAGAAUGUGAUGAAGUAUUUAAGGAACUCGAAUUAUUACCUGAAGAUAUUAGUCAAUCUUAAAAAAAAGAUUUGAGUAUAUAGUCAAGAUAUCUGAAUAGAGUUUAGCUUAUAUAUAUAUCGAUAGUGUAAAGAAGUUUUUUACACUAUCAAAUGGUCAUGAACCAUGAGAUAUUGACAUGUAGGAUUUAAGUUUGUGUGCACUAAAAGUGCAAUGAAUUUUGAUAUUAUGUUGAUGUAAUUUAACCUCUUAUAGAAGGUUACUUACCCCUUGCUGUAGGUUAUCAAAAUGAAUAUGUAUUAAAUAAAGUUAUCUACAAUUAUUUAUGUUUUAA